AUGCCUUCCACCACCACUCAGCCCAAGGUCCCCCAGACCUCGAUCAACUUCAGCGGCUACUGCGUUGUCAUCCUGAGGGCCCAGGAGACGGAUAGCUCGUCACGACCGACCGGCGGCACCACCCAAUCCACGGCCAAGAACCAACAAAAGUCAUUCCCCCCGUUUUCGCCUCCGAUUGCUAUCAACACGGACCUCAGCCAGCUCGGCUAUUUCACGCACUCGCUGCCUUUCGGGUUCCGUCUGCCGGCGGGGCUGUGUUACGAGUUCGACGAGUUCGUCCUCGCCGAGGAUGAAUGA